UACACCGCGCGCGGCGUUAUUGCCUUCGUCGUUUCAUCGACGGUUCCAUUCCGUUUCUGGCCGUCUACACUUCAGAAUCAAUUUUUACUUUCGGAAUAAGAUAAGAAGAAAAGAGAAACAGGAGAUACUCCACUACUCUUUGGCACAUUGAUCGCGAUCUGGAAAUCGGCAUCAGGAUGAAGUGGACGACGAGGUUGACGACGCUUUCGGCGCUUUUCGGCGCAUUCUUCGUCGCAGCGCAGCAGCAAGGAUGCACCGACGCCAAAGGUGGUUUGGACUGCCUGAUCGACAACGUGUACAAGCCAUCGAGCACAGCGUCGACAGGUCCUGUCGCAAGCUCGACGGUUCAAGAAGAUAAUUGCGAAUGCGUGCCGUACUAUCAGUGCCAGAACGACACGAUAACCACUCAAGGAAUUGGCUUAAUUGAUAUCAGGUUCGGUGGUAGUAGCCCUACGUCAGAUGGGUCGAGCAGACUGAUGGGGCCUUGCGACGACUAUUUGAACGUGUGCUGCAAGCCGCCAGACGUUCUCAAACCAAACGAAGCAAUCAAGCCGCAGCCGACACAGCGGACGGGAUGCGGUCGACGCAACCCGGACGGCAUUGGUUUCAGGAUAACCGGAAACAACGAUAACGAGGCUCAGUUUGGCGAGUUUCCGUGGAUGGUUGCCGUCCUCAGGGAGCAGAAUAUCACUAACAAUUCCGCACCGAUCAACGUUUAUCAGUGCGGUGGCGCCCUGAUCCACCCUCAGGUUGUCCUUACCGCUGCUCACUGCGUUAAUGGGCGUAGGAAAGAGGCUCACACAUUGAAAAUCAGAGCCGGGGAAUGGGACACCCAGAGAAGGAACGAAAUUUUGCCACAUCAGGACCGAAACGUAUCGAAGAUCGUCGUCCACGAGAACUUCCACUCGGGCGCCCUCUACAACAACGUCGCUCUAAUGAUUCUUGAGACACCCGUCGAUAUUGCCGAGAAUGUUGAUGUUGUCUGCCUACCCGAAACAAGCGAGAUCUUUGACGGAUCACGGUGCUACGCCAGCGGAUGGGGCAAGGACAUUUUCGGUAAGGAAGGUCGCUACCAGGUGAUCCUGAAGAGCAUAGAUCUCCCCGUUGUUCCCCACGACGUGUGCCAAACUACUUUGCGUACCACCCGUCUCGGAAAGUACUUCAUACUGGAUCCGUCGUUUAUAUGCGCUGGCGGAGAACCCGGCAAGGACACCUGCAAGGGUGACGGUGGAAGUCCUCUCGUAUGCCCGCUGAAGAGUGACCCGACGCGAUACGUCCAGGCUGGUAUUGUCGCCUGGGGAAUCGGUUGUGGGGAAAAACGCGUUCCUGGUGUUUAUGCAAACGUUGCUCGUCUGCGUGCAUGGAUCGAUGAGCAGAUGGUUUUCAAUAACUUGGACAUAUCCACGUACCGGGCCUAAUCAAUGUCAGGAAUGCCUGCUAUGACAUUGUACCUAUACAUACGCGUCCUGAAAACUUUGAUAGUAUUCUCAUCAUCGAAUACGAAAAAAUCUCUUACUCUAACGAAAACGAUGCAGUUGACGAUGCAGUUUUGUGCUAAUUUUUCAUCCCUGUACAAUCGAUUGAAUACUUGUUGUAAUAUUGGCAAUUUUACAAUUUUAAUGGCAAAGUUUCUUUCAUCCAUACGGUUGAAUUUUUUCUAUACUAUCUACCUUAUUUAUCUGCCAUACCUUAGUGGUUUCUUUUUUCUUGGUAAGUUUUAAAUUUUCUAUUUCGGUCGCAGUGAGACGGCGAUUGUGGGUGUUUUUCGGUUAGAAUUGAAGAAAUAACGAUGUGCGGCUAAUGACAUAAUUUUACAAACGAUGUACAACGACGAAUUCGAUAGAAAAAUUAAAUGUCGCAUUGAUAAAAACGUCAAACCAAUAUUGUGGAUCUUGUGAUAUGCAAUAAAGUAUAAUUACCAUUUUUCAGAUGC